GCUAAAAGAUUCGAGAACUCUUUGCACGAUUGUGAUAAGAAGCGAGUGAACGUAGUUAUCUCUGAAAAUCAAGCAGUGAUUCAUCAAGCGAAGUGUUGCGUUUAUAAUACGCGUUGUUCUCAUCCAUUCUAAUCUAGAAUCAGAAUCUCGGAUCAUUUCUUGUGUGUUCUUGCUCCGUUCGGCACAUUUCGGUAUCCUUGUUUUUUUGCUAAUUCGGUUGGGAUUAGGGAUAUUAUCUUGACAAUUAUGGCUUCAAAAGAAAAUUUGGGCUCGGAGAAGAAAUAUGACAAAAAUGAUCCUUCAACAUGGUCUCCAUGCAAAGGAGGACGAUUUUGCCUGGAUGAUUUCGAGAUUGGUCGACCUUUGGGGAAAGGCAAAUUCGGUUCUGUAUAUUUGGCUCGCGUCAAAGAAAACCAUUUCAUCGUUGCCUUGAAGGUGCUUUUUAAAAGUCAGUUAGUCAAAAGUAAUGUUGAGCACCAACUAAGAAGGGAGAUCGAGAUACAAGGACAUCUGAGGCAUCCGAACAUACUUCGCAUGUACACCUAUUUUUGGGACGAGAAACGUAUUUACUUAGUGUUGGAGUAUGCACAGGGUGGUGAAAUGUACAAGUUGUUGAAGAAAAAAGGACGUUUCAACGAAACGACGACUGCUGUGUUCAUGUUUCAAAUGGCUGAUGCUUUGAACUACUGUCAUGAGAAGAAUGUGAUUCAUAGAGACAUCAAGCCGGAAAAUCUCCUAAUUGGGCAUGAUGGUCAACUAAAAAUUGCUGAUUUUGGUUGGAGUGUUCAUGCACCGAAUAAAACGCGCAAGACUAUGUGUGGAACGUUAGAUUAUCUCCCACCAGAGAUGGUUACCGGGGAGCAGCACAAGGAAUAUGUAGAUAUCUGGUCUCUUGGAGUUCUAUGUUACGAAUUCCUUGUUGGAACGCCUCCAUUCGAGCAUGAUGAUACUUCGCAGACGUAUUCUGCUAUCAGAAAUGUUCGGUACAAAUUUCCAACGUAUGUGUCUAGUGGAGCUCGUGAUCUUAUUACUCGCCUGUUGCAGCGUGAUCCCAAGGCAAGGCUGUCAUUGUCUCAGGUGAUGGAGCACGAUUGGAUCCAACUUCAUCUACGAAAACGAGAAUCAGCUGUAAGCAAUAAGAGAGACCUUAGACAGCACUCGAGCACUGGGCUGAUGUAAUCUCGUGUACAUAUUCUUCCAAGCAUUGUCUUUCUUAUAAACAUUUUCGUGACAUAUAUCUCCGGUCUUCUGAAGUUUUUAUUAUUAGGCAAGGCCAUCUUUGAUACCAUUUUAGUUUCUGAUGAAGUCAUAUCAUACUCAUAAUAUACGUGCUUUAAUCGCUUUCUAGAUAAGUCCACUUACGCGAAGGUCUGUUUUUCCCAGAAAUUUAAUAAUCAACAUCAUUUUUUCUUUCUAUGUCUUGCUUUGAUAUGCUUCCCUCCUGAAAAAGAAAGAAUUGACGGGCAUACAUGGUACCGAUAUAUGUGUACGAGCCUGUUGUUACGGAAAUUUAUUCAAAAUUUUCACUCAUGAAGCUCUAGUUUAGCCUUUGGUCAAUUAUUGCUGUUCUUCAUACGACAUUUAACCUGGCUUUGUCACAAAAAUCAUAAUCUUUUCAUAUUUUUUUGUAUCUUUCGUUUCAUUCUGUCUGCAUUAGUGAUAUUUAUGUGUCAAUCACUUUGUUUUUCUACUGAGAGUGCACUUUUCCCGACAAUGAAGCUUGCCU